UAUAGGAUAUGUUGAUGCUACGUGGAUAGGAAACAUUUCACGAGCAGGCAGAGAUAAUCUAAAAAAACAGUGUGUCCAUCCUAUAAGAUGAGUAAAACAAAGAUAAAAUGUCAGCCGUCUGUUUAUCGAUAUCAUCGACUUUCAUCUUAGCAUGGGAUUAUGUAGACUGUCAGUUGUUUUGCGAACAGAAUUAGCUGCUAAGCUAAUGUGGACAGUGGCCUAAUCAACAAACACCAACCUGGUUUGUGUGGAAUAAACCUGUUAUUACUUGGGACGCUUUUAAUGAGGUUUUGUUUUGUGUAGACGUUCAUUGCGUUGUCACAUAACCAAUCGAAAGUGGAACAAUAUGAGUUGGUUCAACGCGUCCCACCUGUCUACUUUUGCCAAACAAGCUUUGACAACUGCUCAGAAAUCCAUCGACAGAGUUCUGGACAUCAAAGAAGAGGACCAGUGGGGUGAGACGACCGUACUGACCUUUGCUGAUGCACCAGGCAAGCCGGUAUCAACAGGAUGGGGAAUGAACCAGUGGAACUCUCCCUCAGAGAAAAGCACUAAGACUCCCCCUCCAUCAUCUGAGGCUAUUACUAAGCCUGUCACAUGGACUGUGGUUGAUGAAUCAGAGGAUUUCUUCAGUGCCUUUCUGCCUCAUGGGGAUAUGCAAACUGCAAACAACACUAAGGUGGUGUCUGUGCCACCUGCCAAGUCUAACCGCAUGCUACGGGAAAAAGCAGACAAGGAGAAGGAACUGGAAAUCAAAAACAAUGCCAGCGUUCAUUCACAAGGUCAGGCAGUCCUCAAUAGAUGCAGCAGUCUGGAAAAUGUUGAAAUAAAGCCUGAUGGGACUGAACUGUUGGAGCAAAAGCCAUCCUCAGAAAAUGUGCUGUCACAAAUGGAAGCUGUUGUUUCGGCUCCAGUCAUUGCACCAGAGCAAGUUGUCCAAACGGAGACCUGCGAGGACAGAACAGAAUCUGAUGGGGUGACUUUAGCUUCAGAUGUCACACUUACAAAUGUACCUUUAUCAUCCUCAGAGACUGAAUCUUUCAGUGUCUUUGACAGCUCAGAACCCCCUUUGACCAUUGAGACCAAGAAUCCAGUCAAAACACUGUCUGUCCCUCCUAAAGAAAUCCUGUUAGAAUCCAAAGAUACAAAGUCAGAGGACAGACAAAGUGACACCCCGUCUCCCCCAGUAAGUGCGUUCUCUUCUGGUACUUCCACUACCAGUGACAUUGAGGUUUUGGACCAUGAAAGUGUGCAAAGUGAGAGCUCUGCCAGCUCCAGACAGGAGACAGCGGACGCUAAAGCAGCGCUGCACCUGAUGCAGGACUCCUUCCAGCUACUCUCUGCCUCAACAUGUGGGGACUUCCCUCGUCUGGAUGAAUACCCCAAACUCACUGAAAGCUGCGGUUCCUCCUCAGACGCCUUUGAGCGUAUUGACUCAUAUAGCGUGCAGUCAUUGGACAGCCGCAGUGUCAGCGAAGUGAAUUCUGAUGAUGAAAUCCCGGGCAACCGCACUUUAGCCUCCAUCACAUCUGGACCCAUGUCUGGUCCUGUUCAGUCAACCCCUCAGACCAAACAGGAGGAGGAAGAAUCCAUGCAUGACCAAUCACUGGAUGAUAACGAGAUGGAGGAGAGCGGGCGCAGCGCAACGCCUGUGAACUGUGAGCAGACAUAUGAGCUGCAGGAAGGUGAUCAGGAGCCUGAAACUGACCUCACACUGAGUAGCCAAAAAUACAAUGCAAAUGAAACAUCGCUGACUACUGAGCAGAAACAAGAAGCUUUGACGUGUCAGGUUUUGGAGCUCCAAAAGAUAAUCGAGGAGCUCUCUAGUCGACUAGAGAAAAGAGAAUCGCAGUUACUUGUGGUCAGUAAAGAAAAGGCCAGACUUGAGGAGGAGUGUGACAAUCUCAAAGAUGAGAUGAUCAGCUUGAAGGAAGAAAGCUUUGGUGUUGAGUCCUUAAAAGAUGAGUUCACUCAGCGCAUAGCUGAAGCAGAGAGGAAAGCUCAGCUUUCCUGCAAGGAAAGAGACAUCGCUAAAAAGGAAAUAAAAGGCCUCAGAGAAGAACUGGCAAGCAGAUUAAAUUCAAAUGAGACAUUGGAACUGAUUAAAGAGAAAGAGGAACAGAUUAGAGAGCUUCUUGAAGAAGGUGAAAAACUUUCCAAGCAACAGUUACAGCACUCCAACAUCAUAAAGAAACUACGUGUGAAAGAGAAAGAGAGUGAUGCACAGAUUACCAAACACACCAAGAAACUUAAGGAGCAGGAAGAAGAGCUGAAACAUUUUCAGCAGGUUUUGGAUGGUAUGGAGGAAGUAGAAAAGCAGCACAGAGAAAACAUUAAGAAGCUGAAUGCUGUGGUGGAGCGACAGGAGAAGGAGUUGAGCAGACUGCAGACCUCCAGCGAGGAGCUCCAGGAGAAGAACAGGAGUUUGCAAGCAGCCCUGGACAGCUCCUACAAGGAGUUGGCAGAACUGCACAAGGCAAACGCCACCAAGGAUAGUGAGGCCCAGGAGCUGGUGCUGAGCAGAGAGGUGCAAGCAAAAGAGGAGCUCGGCCUGGCAUUGGAAAAAGCCCAAGAAGAUUCCCGCCUCCAACAAGAGGCUCUGGGUGAUCAGGUAGCGAAUCUGAGGCUAGCUCUACAGAGGGCAGAGCAGCAGCAGGCCAAGAAAGAAGAUUAUCUGAGGGAGGAGAUCAGUGAGCUUCAGCAGAGGUUACAAGAAGCAGAGACCAGAAAUCAGGAGUUAGGCCAAAGUGUUACCUCAGCAACACGCCCCCUCCUUCGGCAAAUUGAGAACCUUCAGGCCACGUUGGGAGCCCAGACAACUUCAUGGGAAAAAUUGGAGAAGAACAUCUCUGAUCGCUUAGCUGAUGCUCAAGCCCAGCUUGCUGUUUCCGUGGAGAAAGAGCGGUCCGCAACAGAGGAGCUGCAUGCUAUCCGAGCACAGAUAGCAUCUUUAGAAUCCCAGACUUCUCUAUUGAGGCAGGAUAAGGGACGUCUGCAGGGACAGCUGGAUGCAGAGAGGAUGCGACUGGAAAAACUGGAGGAUGACUUUAGCAGGGAGCGUGUGGAGCUAGAUAAUCUUAAAGGGGAGCACAGUCGAUUGCUGGAAGUGACCAAGAAGGAAAAGUUGCUUCUCACCAACCAACUGGAAAUGGAGAAAAUGAAGGUGGAGCAGGAGAAGAAGAAAUGCUACCUUGCACAAGAGGCCCUUAAAGAAAAGGAGAGGAAGUGUUUGAGUCUGUCUGUGAGUGAUGCUCAAACGUCCUCCACUCCCACACUGUCCCGCUCCAGUUCCAUUAGUGGGACUGAGCACACCGGCCUGCCUUCUGCACUUUUCUCACAGGAGGAUUCUCUUGACCUUUCUUUCAGCAAUAUGACUAUGUCCAUCAGUGGGACUAACCUGUAUGAGGCAGCUCGGCUGGGUGGUGGAUCAAGUAUUAUUGAGAGCCUGCAGUCUCAGCUCAAACUCAGAGAGGGUGAGAUAGCCCAGCUGCAGUUGGAGAUUGCUAGUCUAGAGAGAAGCCGCACUGUGAUGGCAGAAGAGCUAGUGCGACUGACCAAUCAGAAUGAUGAGAUGGAGAGUAAAGUGAAGGAAAUUCCUAGAUUCAAAGUGCAACUGAAGGAUUUAGAGCAGAGACACAACACGAUCCUGCAGAUGUAUGGAGAGAAGGCAGAAGAAGCAGAAGAGCUGCGUCUGGAUCUACAGGAUGUGAAGAACAUGUACAAAACACAAAUUGAUGAACUUUUAAAAAAUCAAAAAUAAACUCUUCAAACAGUCUCAAACAUGAUUACUGUAAACAGAGCUUUACAGUAGGAGUUGCUGUGCUUGCACAAUUGCACAUUGCAGCAUUUGCGAUUUAAAAACAAACAAAAAAAUUUUUUUUUUUUUGCUGUGAACGGUUUCAACAAAUUUCAAUUGUUUUUAAACAUUAUAGGUAUUUAAGAAAUGGUUCCUUUCACAGUUGUGGCAUUUUACAUUUCUUCUUAUCAUCCUCUAGUGUGGCGUUGAUCAUCUCUUUACAUUGUGUAAACAAUUAAACGUGCUUUCCAGAUUACACCAGGGCACCACACAUCCUGAAGUUUCAUCUCAUUUCUCCCACAACCCUAAGUUAGUAGACUUUAAAUUAUUAGUUAAGAUUUGCACAUAUUUAUCUCUAAUCCUCAUGCUGAUUGAGUUGUGAAAGAAAGAUGCUUGAGUGAGGGAAAUGUUUCACUCUCAUAUUCUAUGAGAUAUUAUGAUCUUUGUAAAUGUCAAACUAUGAAUUUGUAAUGUCAUUACAGUCCAGACUUUAAGAUAUCAUCAGAAUAUCUACAGAUUUAUGUGUAAAUAAAGUGAGAUAUACUGUAUGUAUUUGUGCAGGCACAUGCAUGAAUCUCUGUUUAAAUGUUUUCUUUUGUAUAUUAAUGUUAUGAGCCAGAUUUCAUGAACCUUUACUACUUUGUGUAGAAGCAGUGUAAAAUUAGGAGCUAUUGAUCCCUCU